CUCGUGUCUUUGAGGAAAGAGGAAGAGCAAUGCGGGGCGGCCGCAAAGUAGUUAAGGGGUUCUAUGCGCCCGCAAUGGUCUUACUAUACCACCAACUAUUUAUGUACGUCGUGUAAUAUGCACUGUAAGCUAUUCGAAUCAAUAUGGCCGCCGAAGAAGAUGUGACCAUGGCUGAUGUCGAUUGUUCAACCCAGUGGUUAGUUGAAAGAGCUAGACAAAGUCUUAAAGAAAACAAUCCUUAUGAAGCUAAAGCGUGGCUUAUAACUGCUAAGACUUUAUAUCCCAAAGAUUUUGGACUUCAGUAUGAGGCUUACACUAUUGAAAGAAAUGCUGAGAGAGUUCAGGAGUCAGCCAACCUCUUCUACAUCAUGUUUGAGCAGUUUCCAGACAGCAACAUACUUUGGAAGGAAGUAGCAAGCUUCACUGAUGCCCUUGAAAGUGAGGUCACGGACCAACAUGGAAAAUUUUUGACAGACAUGUUUAGCAGUCUUCCACAGCAUGCCCAGCGAGAAAUACUUCUCAAGGCAGCAGGGAGAUGCAAAGAUUGUAUUGAGAAAUGCAGGAUGAUGUUACUGUUGAUGAGAAGAUUUCCUGAUGUGAUUCCAAAGAAUGGGGUUGCCUUGACCGAGAUGUUAAUUGAUGCUGAAAACUCUGAGUAUCCAGAUGCUCCUGUCAAUCCUUAUAGAAAGUUGUUAGUCUGUGAUGUUUUGCCUCAUUUGCUGGCUAGUGAUAACAUGGCUGUUGAUACUUCAUCUGCAAAUGGUAGUCAAGAUGAUGAGGACUGUGCACCAGGCAUCUCUCUUCCUCAAGUAUACAAGUGGCUGGAGUUAUCCAUUCAUUUCUAUGUCUCGUGCGCCACUGCCCACAACUUCCUGUCUGAGAAUUCUGAUGCUCAACAUGGCAUUAUAGACACAAGCAUUGUAGCUGAGGUGCUGGAUGGAAAGGGCCCCUGGGUUGCCCUACAUGAGCUGUUUUACCUAACAGCACAAAAGUGUGGCUGGGCGGAGAUCUGUAGAAUUCACGACAGGCUUGAUCCCAAAAAGUACAGAAGCAGCAAUGACCAUUGGGCUAGCAUAUCAGAACUACACUACAAACUGAAGAGGAUGUCAAAACAUAGCUUAGAAGAGGGCACAGAGGAGGAGAUGAUAGAGAAAACAGGGGUCAUGUUUGCCGCUAUUAUCUUGUUUCUACAGACAGUCUGGGAAUACUGCCGUGUUGUCAAUAGACUUGACUUAGUGUCAGCUUCCUCUGGUUUAGUAUUUCCGUUAGUUCUCAUAGAGGACAGUGUGAAUGAAAAUCAUCAAAGCAGUGCAUCAAGCAACUCAGCUGGAGGAGGUAGCAAUAGUCCAGCACCAAAGAAGAAAAAAAGGAAACUGGCAUCUGGUAGGCCUGGCUCUCCUGGGAAAGAUGAUAGUAAGAACAAGCAACCUGCAAACAUUAUAAUAGACAAAAAUUGUGGUUCAGUCAGUCAAAACCUUUCAGAUGACUUCAUUGUUUCUGUGGAGGCGUGGCAUCUUCUAAACACACACACCGACUAUAAAAACGAUUUUACACGUCUGUUAGAUGAGUGGGAAGUUGAUCAGUGGAACUGGAUGGGAACCUUUGAAGUGGACAGACUUAUUUAUAAGGGAAAAUACAAGAAGGCUGUUGAAUUUCUUCAGGAACAAAAGCGUUCCUUGGAAAAGGAUGCCUCGGCAAACCAAGAGUCAUUAAUCAGAGGAGCCAUUCAGCUGUCCUGUUCUUAUUUUCACCUUGAUGAUCACAAGAAGGCCUGUGAAGAAGCUCUUUACGCUCUCAACUUCUUUUCGUCUAGAGCGUCUCCUGGAGACAACAUGGCGCUCAAAAGAUCCUCGUCAAUUCAUCAGGGAAAACUUGAUAAAAGUGCAAAUGAGCUUUCAAUAUUGGGUUCUUCGCAUUCUGGUCGAUGUUUGAGGUUGAUUCAGUGCAGUGAAACAGAAGUGCUAUCCCUUACUGUCGGUUUACUUCUUUCUUCGCUCAAGCAAAGACUGGCUACUGGGGGACGGAAUGACACACUUCUUGGUCACCUCAUAGUCCUUCUUCAGUUUGGUUGGCCCAGGGAAGAAGGAACAUUUUACGAACUCUUGGAUAAGAUCCGUGAUCAGGGUGGCCUGAAAUACAGAGUAUUUUUUAACUACGUGAACAAUAUCGAUAUUUUGGAGGAAUUUGCACAUCUCUACAGUGACGAUACAUUUAACCUUGAUCUAGUUCCUCAUUCCACGACUGGCUCGAGUAGGGCGGUGACACGAGGGGUUAACAAAGGAGCUAAGGAAGACUUCCGUGCCGCUCUGGAGAGACAAGUUGCGCGCAGUGAUGACAGCUUCGAGCCAUUACUCAGAGCUUUCUUCCAAAAUGAAAGAGAAUCACUCAUUCUAAGCUGACCAACACUUGCAUGCAAGAUGAAACCUUAGGUUCAAGUUAUAUAGUUUCGGGAGUGACUGUAAAUAAAUAAUUCUUUCUAAAUCUAAAUCUAAAUAUUAUUACGUCGGCAACAUCCAGAGGACAUCACGCCAACUCAACUCUUCAUUAAUAUUGCCAAAUUUUACAUUGGCCACAAAGACCGUCUUGCACCUGGUUUGGUUUUGUCUUUGCUCAGCAGUAAAAAACUCUGUCAUCGAGGCCUAGCAAUCAGAAGGAAGCUGUUGUUUUCUUGGCCAAUCAGGAGCGAAGACCGAAACCAAUUAUGAUGGUUUCCUCAGCUUUUCCUGCGCUUAGCGGUAGUACGGGUUCACAUGGAACUCUGUGGACAUGCCAAAAAUAUAUCGACAAUUUGGGCCGUCGGAUUUAAACCGUCGCAAUCAACCCCAAGGGCCUAGGUUACGCAAUUUUAGGCAAUUUGAGCACUGAUCAAAUGGUCAUAGAAUUAACUAAAAUAUCACAAAA